AUGAAAAUAAAUGUUGCUAUUUUUCUUAAAAAAUGGCAGCCUAAUGUCGUAAGCUUUUCUUUUCUUUUUCUAAAAAAGAAAAGUUAAAAAUAAUAUAUUCGUGGAUGAUUUAUAAUGCCAUUAAUAGAGAAUCGGACGGUGAAAAUAUAUUUAGAAGCAAACAAAUAAUUAUCAAAUGUUGAGAAUUACUAUGACCUUCGCUUUUCUAGCGGCGUAGACUCCUCGAAUGUUGAACGGGCCGAGCGAGAGCGAGACGAGCGGCUCGAGCAGCAUGAGCGCGGGCACGGCGUCGCUGGAGCGCGAGCUGUCGCGCACGCGGCGGCUGCUGUGGGGCGACAACGUGAAGGAGGACGUGUUCCGGCGCUGGGCGCAGGGCUUCACGUUCAGCGCGGACGAGCCCAGCGCGCUCAUCCAGCAGGAGGGUGGACCGUGCGCUGCCAUCGCGCCUGUGCAGGGCUUCCUGCUGCAGCUGCUGCUGGGCGAGACGCCCGGCCACAGCCUGCGCGACCUCACCUCCGAGAAGUGCAACUCCCUGCUGGUUAGGGCCGUGUGUACGAUUCUGAGCCAGUGUCUAGCGUCUAAGUACAGUGUGGCCGUGUACCGCAAGGACGACUCGGAGGCCGAUACUAGUUCCGGCCUCAACGUUAGUGCCGAAGAACAGUCUUGUGAUGCCAUCGACCAUUUCCAUCGGAGAAUGGAGGUGCACUCCUUUCAGACGUUAUCAGAAGUGGAAGCUUUCUACACGAGAAACAUUCGUAUUUUGAAAGACAAGUAUGGUGUUCUCUUGUUGUUGUAUAGUGUCAUUCUUAGCAAGGGAGUGGGCACGGUGGAGGCGGAGCUGUCCGAGCUGUCGGAUCCACUAAUACACUCCACCUAUGGAUACGGGUCGCAAGGGCUCAUCAACCUAAUGCUUACAGGCCGGGCUGUAGCCCACGUGUGGGACCACGACCAGGUGGUGGGCGGGCUGCGUCUGCGGGGAAUUGAGAGGCAGAAUGACAUAGGAUUUUUAACUAUUAUGGAGCACAUGCAGUAUUGCACUGUGGGUUCAUUUUACAAGAAUCCCAAACAUCCAGUUUGGGUUUUGGCUUCUGAGACGCAUCUGACUGUGCUAUUUUCUUUUGAGAGAAGACUUGCAGCCCCUGAAACAGUAGGAGAAUCCGCUGAGCGAAUCUUUAGAUCGUUUGACCCAGAAGGAAAUAAUUUUAUCCCAUCGGCCGCAUUACAGGACGUACUGUGCGCCGCAGAUCUGGUCAGCGAGCCUGAGUACGUAGAAUUGAUGAGAAGGAAACUGGAUUCAGAGAAUUUAGGAAUUAUACUACUGAGCGCUUUUAUGGACGAGUUCUUCCCGGGCUGCGAGCGCGGCGCGCCGGACACGUUCACGCUGCACCACUACAACGGGCUGGCGCGCAGCAACCCCGGCGGGCGCGUGGCCUACCGCGCCGGCCGCGCCGCGCUGCUGGAGUGCCCGCUGCGCGCCGCCAGCACCGACCCCAUGCUGACGUGCCUGCAGACCAAGUGGCCCAGCAUCGACGUGGUGUGGGACGAUGGCCACUCGCCUUCGCUCAAUUAGCGCGACCUUGGACUGUGACACGGUGAGGAGUUAACAUAGAUGUAUCUUAAUAUGUUGCAGAAAAUUCCAUUACUUUAUUGUAUUAAUUUAUGUGUAGAAAUUGUAUUAAAUAAUUUCGAGGCCUCCAUGGAUAUUAAUAUCUUUAUCAUGGGCAGCUAUUUUCCAUAAAUUUGAUAACAUUUUUGUUACUCAAGUAGUUGCUAGUACUUGGCCAUUAGGUUGUCACGGUACAGUGCUUGCACAUGUGCAAUAUCAGGUAGGGUGGGAUCCUUGCGAGUGUUUUGGUGCAGGGUUAGAAUGUUCUUUGUACUUUAUGUGCCCACAUUGAAAUACGAAGCUGGCUAUUAGUUUCUAUUUUAAUUUUUAGUGAGCCUUAAAAGUAUGUCAUAGGCAUAGCUUAAGAAACUGACUUCCUGACAAUUGUUAGCUCUUUAUUUGGGUCAUUUAAUUGGCUAAAAUAUGUAAAGUUGUAAAGUUAUUAUUUAGUACUUGGUAUUAUGACAAAAUUCUAGUUACUUAUUUAAGGCAGUAAUGUGUGCAAACAAUUAUAAUACACAAUUAUGAACUUAAAGCCUUUAGGAAUUGACCUAAUAAUAAUAAUUAUUAUAUAAUAAGUUUAUUCUCAUUCUACAAUACUAUUUUAAAUCAAGACUGCAGAAUGGUUCAACCAAUGUUUAUCCAUAAGUUCUUGUAUAGUUUUGUCAUAUUAUCAAGUUCAAAAAAGUCAGAUCAAAAUAAUAAACAAGGAAAAUCUUAUAGUAAUAAGACAUUUGGUGCCAACCAAAUCAAGCAUUAGUUCUCUUAAACCUACUCACAUAGCUGUAGUCACUUGUAUGGAGGAGAAAUAACAAGCACACUGCACUCUCCAGCUCCACUUUGUGUUGCACAAACCUAUGUAUUAUGCUAUUCGCACAUUACAGAUAUGCCGCAUCCAUCGAACGAAACGCAUCGCCAGGGUUAGAUGUCUAUCGCAUUUAGGGCGCUGGAAUUUUUGGGGGGUGGUAUGGCGAGGGUAUAGGACAGGUGUGUUAGCACGAGUUAAUUGGCUGGCGAAGGAUCAAUUCUUUUCAUCGACGCCAUAAACCGCCGCCCUGAGUGCCGAAGGAUCGUAUCUGUAAACUUGAAUUAAAAAAAAUUCGCGCUCGCUUCGAUCGAAUAUCUAGUACCUCGGGAUUUGCUUUGCAAACAAGCAUGCUCGCGGACAAUAUUAUUAAGAAUCUGGAUUUUUUUUGUUUGCUUUCAUGACGAGUGCCUAUCUAAGUAUACUUAAUAUUUUCUUGCUUUGAUCUAUUUAAUAUAAGUAAAUUAUAGUGUGAAACUCUAGUACUUCGCGUAGGGCGCCGAGUUUGCAUGUUCGCACUGCGAAGACGAAUUGUUAACGUGGCCGCUGAACACAGAACGCUCGCUUGCCCUCACUGGUAGAAUCGGCAAAGGCUAGCGAAUCGGUUGGGAGAUUCGCAAUGUUUGUAAUGCUGUUGAGAAGGCGAGCGAGUGUUCGUUGUCCAUCGGCCGCGCCCACAACUUCCCUUCUGUACGUGUAUGCAGCAAUAUCUAUAUGGUUACGUUCGGCGCGUGCGGCUUGCCCCUAAUGUGCGAUCAGUAUUACUCCACUAACUACAGUGCCCGGUGGGAAAUAUUGUAGGUACAUGGAAGUUUAGAAAGAGAGAACGGUUUCGUAGAGCGUAGUCUCUGUCGCUGAGACUGACGACACGUCACAUCGGUAUGAAAGAAUGAUAGAGACAACGCUUUACGAAGCCGAAAUCUACAACAUUUCCUGCCGGGCACUGUUUUUUAAUGCCAGCUUAAACAUAAUUUGGUAAUGGAUUAUUAUUAACGUACUCCAAGAAAGGGUGUAGUUACAUUUAAAAAAAAAACAUAUUUUGUAUAAGUAAUAUUGAUGGUUAUUUUCAAUUAUAGAAGAGUGAUUUUCCUGUAUGAUUUUAAACUACAAAAUAAGUAGAUUUAUUUUCUCAUAGAAAUUAUUAUUAGACUGCAUCAUCACUUACAUGGUAUUAUUUUGUAUUAUCUAUGUCACUUACUACCAGGUGAAAUUGCAGUCAAGGGCUAACUUGUAUCUGAAUAAUAAAAUACCAAUUAAAUAUGUAAAUUUUUAUGUUUGGAGCCAAGUCUGCAGCAUAUCAGCCAGUCAGUGCAGACCCGCUGGGGGAGUCUGCGUAAUCAUGUUAUGAAAUCUAUAUUGUUAUAAUAAAUAUAAUAUUACUAUUGUGAAAUGUAUGUAUUUCAGAAUUAUUUUAUCUGUUAAUAUCAAAAUCUCGAAGAUCUAACAUCGAAGUCUCGGUAUUUUGUUACCAGGUAUGCAUGCAGCAAUAAACUGGCAGCAGUAGACCAAGAAGAUUAAAAUCAUGGCAAGUCGAGAAUGCCUGGGCAUUGUCAACAUUGCAUAACCUGCGGACUUGGCCAGUAACCCUACAAGAUUUAGUAGGUAUAUCUUUGAUGGUAUAAUAAAUAUAUACCGCAUAUUGGUAUUUUAAUUUUCAAUUGAUUUUUUUAUAUGGAAAUGUAUACCUAUUGUACAUUAAUUUUUAGAAGUUUCUUUGUCAGAUUCGUGUAAAAUAGCUGUGCACAUAAUAUUGCAUGUAAUAACAAAGAUUUCAUUGGAAAAAUCAUUUUCAGUUCAUCGUAAAUAAUAGAAGAACAUGCUUUUUUAAUUAC